AUGAAGUCUCUAUCCCUCCUAUCUCUGGCAGCUCUGCCAAACAUGGUGUUUGCGGAUGGCUUCAUUGCCAGACGCAGAGGGGCCGAAGUCAACGUCGCUGCCCGCCAUGCUCACGAUGCCUCAGUUCAACCUGAAGGACUCACCAAGCGAGCCACAUGCGGCAAAGGUGUUGGCUCGUGUCCCAAGGGACAGUGUUGCUCUGCUUCAGGCAACUGUGGCACUACGUCGAGUUACUGCACCUCACCACAGUGUCAGAUGGCAUAUAGCAAUGGCAACUGUGAUGGCAGCAAGAAACCCAAGGGCGAGACUACAGCCAAUAUCCCUAGGUCAAAUUCUGGCAAAGCCCCUUAUAACAUCUAUAUCACCAACUGCAGCACCCCCGGGACCGUCGCUCUCACUUUUGACGAUGGUCCUUACAAGUACACUGACCAGGUCUUGGAUGUCCUCAAGAAGAAUGACAUGAAGGCAACAUUCUUCAUUGUCGGAAACAACCUCGGCAAGGGUCAAAUCGACGAUGAGUCUAAAGGCUGGCCUAAGGUCCUCCGACGAAUGCACUCUGAAGGCCAUCAACUCGCUUCUCACAGUUGGUCACACGAGGAUCUCUCUGCUGCAUCUGACGAGAUCCGCAAGCAACAGGUCAUAUACAACGAGAUGGCCUUCCGCAACAUCUUUGGCUUCUUCCCCAAGUAUAUGCGUCCUCCGUACGGAACCUGUUCGCGAGUUUCUGGCUGUCUGGACUAUGUGACCAAGCUUGGUUACCACGUCGUGAACUGGAAUCUUGAUACUAAGGAUUACGAGAAUGAUUCGCCGGUUAAAAUUCAGACCAGCAAGAACACCUUCUCAGAUGGUGUCUCAACUGAUGCUAAGAAGCACAGUUACAUUGAGCUGAGCCAUGAUACACACGAGCAGACAGCUUAUAACUUGACUGCUUUUAUGAUCAAGACUCUCAAGGCUCGGGGAUACCGCUCUGUUCCUGUGGGUGAGUGUCUCGGAGACGAUUCCAAGAACUGGUAUGUCGAUGCCAAGAGUACCAAGUCUGGCACUACAGACUUCACUGGCAGUAGCAGUUACAGUAAGAAUUCACCUCUCCUCUUCCCCCAUCCAAUCAAGAUAAACGCCGAUGUGUCACAGAUGCUCUUCAAGCAUUUGGUACCACUCGACUGUUUCGGAACUUUCUCCAGCCAUACAAUCUCUGUUGAACAUGUUGCUAAGUACAUCACCACAGGUCCUCCUCCAUAUGAUCCGCCUACUACCAAGGACGGUACCUGCGGUGCCAAGAACGGCGGCCUGAAGUGCACAGGAUCCAAGUGGGGAGAUUGCUGCUCCUACAACAACUUCUGCGGCUCAACAUCCGGAUACUGUGACGGCGGAUGUCAGUCCAGUUUCGGAAAGUGCAACACAUGGAAGGCUGGCAGCCCGCUGAUUGUCUCGGAUAAUGGGCUCUGCGGCGACAAGUAUCACCAGACCUGCAAGGGUUCUCGUUAUGGCAACUGCUGUUCCAAGAAUGGAUUCUGCGGUAAAACGAGUGCAUACUGUGAGGGUGGAUGCCAGAGUGGCUUCGGAACUUGUCCUUAUGCGUAA